CCAUCACUAGCAAAGUGUAAUUCACUAUUGGUGAAACGAAAAUGGAGAGGCGCGCUACAGAAACGGCAGUUUUUUUAAAAUUUAUGGAUGAUGUGUUCGAUAGCGUCAAUGGUUGCGGACCUUUCAACGAAGGAGGAAAAAAACUCAAAACUCAGAUAGAUCUUAAGGAAGGGGAUAGCUUACAAGUAAAGUUUUGGAGAGAGGCUAUCCCCAUUUUCAAAAGUAUGGAAUGCCUCGACUCGAGUGGAAGACGAAUGACACACGCCCACCGACUUUCAAAAAUUGGGUAUUUACGUUGGAAAAUUUAAUUUUACCGACGAAUACAUUAAAGGAUCUUGGAAUUGAGACGUUGGUUCCCAGGUUUUUGAACCAAGAUCCCUUAGAGAAUUUUUUCGGGAAAGUUCGUCAACGAGGAAGUCGGUGGUCGAAUCCAUCGUGCCAUGCUUUUGGACCGUUUUACAAAUCUCUUCUGGUCACUAACUUAGUUAGUAAACAUUCUGUGGGAGGGAAUUGUGAAGAUGAUGGGUCGGAGUUGCUGAUUCCAUUGCAAACAUUUAUCUUACAGAGUGAAAAUCAGGAGAGAGGAGAAGCGGAGAUUACAGCGGUUGAGAUUCCAUCUGAAGUUUUGAGUCAUAUUUUAAAUGAUUUAGAGAAAAAUGCUAUUGCUUAUGUAGGGGGGUGCAUUUUAAAAAACAUUAAAAUAAAAAAGUGUGAGGAGGCCACACCAGGCAAAAAAUUAUGGGCUUGUGUAAAGAUCAUUGAGUCCAAAAAAAUAUUCCCUAUGGAGGUGCGCUACAUUCAUAAAUUUAAAGAGGAAUCUUGGAGUAAAAAAAAAAAGUACAAGCUUCAAGUACGAAGGAAAGUACUUAAAGGGAUUGUUUUGUUCUUAGGGGAAAAUAGAAUUGAUGUUAAAAAUAAAAUUGAUACGGGGAAGAGGAUAAGCAUUCCCACUGCAAAAACAAUAAUAACUGCGUCGAGUGACACCGACCAAAGUGUCAACACGCCGAACUCACCAAUACCCACCAGUAACGGGUUCAUGAGUGAGGAGUGGAUACAACACCAAAUGGAUAGCAUCACACAGGGUGAAAUGAUCGAUGAAAUUGACGAGGAAACUAUGACAAAUGUGGUUGAUGCUCGGAGAUAUGUUGAGGCUGUCACCGAAGAAAAUAGAUUAAUUCUAGAAGAAGAUAGUCCAAACGAAAACAUUGAAAACAUUGAGUCCAAACGAAAAUAUCAAGAAUUGGAAGAGCGGUAUCGCAAAUUAGAAGAGCGAUGCGAAAAGCUCGAAGAGGAGUUACGUAGAAAAAAUUUUAUUGUUGACAAGCACAUAAGGCCGGUUGCUGCCAAAGUUGUUAAAAAAGAAGUUGGCAGUUUUGACCAGGACACGGGCCAGAUUUAUUUGGGUGAAAAUGUGUCCAUAGCGGAAGUGUUUGCUUCUUGGCUAAAUCUAGCCAAGCCAGCACAAUUUGUAAAAAAAAUUACUAGAAUUGUGUUUGGUGAAGAGGUGCUAAGAAGCAGCACCCUUUCUGGAAGGACGAGCAAUCGCUCAAAAAAGGAUAUUCAACCGAUGCGGUUGGAUGAUAAGAAAUUAGCAAUAAUAACAGAUAUUUUUUCUUGGCUAAAUCUAGCCAAGCCAGCACAAUUUGUAAAAAAAAUUACUAGAAUUGUGUUUGGUGAAGAGGUGCUAAGAAGCAGCACCCUUUCUGGAAGGACGAGCAAUCGCUCAAAAAAGGAUAUUCAACCGAUGCGGUUGGAUGAUAAGAAAUUAGCAAUAAUAACAGGUGCUAAGAAGCAGCACCCUUUCUGGAAGGACGAGCAAUCGCUCAAAAAAGGAUAUUCAACCGAUGCGGUUGGAUGA